ACUCCUAGUGCUUGUUUCCGUACCAUCCCCAAUUAGCUGACACAUUCAUAUUCGUACGGAACCGAGAUUUACAGCGUCAAACAAACGCACUUGUCGCUUUCCCACGAAUGCCAGCGACCGCUAGAGUUUGCCCCAACUGAAACCCACCCACCGGAGCAGCACGGGACACCGCAGCGCCACCUGCCAGUUGCCGACGAGUGGAGUAACCAGCCAGCCAGCAGUUUCGAAAGUCAACGCCAGCCCGCAGAUCUACGCAGCCGUGAACCAUGGUCAAGCUAUUUGCGUUGAGCAUCUUCCACAAGGGCGCCAGCGAGGCACGCCUGCUGAAGACAACGUCCGACCUGCAGUCCUUCUCCUUUUUCCAACGUGGCACUGUUAACGAGUUCAUGACCUUCGCCUCCAAAACGAUUGUGGAGCGCACACAGCCGGCCCUGCGGCAGUCGGUGAAGCAGGACGCCUACAUGUGCCAUGUCUAUGUGCGGGCGGACAAUUUGGCUGGUGUGCUCAUUGCAGACCACGAAUAUCCACACCGUGUGGCACAUACGCUCAUCACAAAGAUCCUCGAUGACUUCACGGCCAAGGUGUCGGCAGAUCAGUGGCCCAAUGGCUCAGAAGCCACCAUCUCGUUCGACGUGCUGCCUGCCUUUCUGGCGCGCUACCAGAAUCCCGUCGAGGCAGAUCCCCUUACAAAAAUGCAAAACGACCUGGACGAGACAAAAAUCAUACUGAAGAACACUAUCGAGGCGGUGCUGGAGCGCGGUGAGAAGCUGGACGACAUGGUCAGCAAGUCGGAGAAGCUGUCGCUGCAGAGCAAGGCCUUCUACAAGACUGCGAAAAAGACGAACUCGUGCUGCAGCUUCACCUAGGCCCCAUCGCAUUGCCCUUGUAUCUACUCCUCACACACAAACCCAUACUCAUGCUGGUAAACAGGAACAGGAAUAGGAACAGGAACACCAGUUGCAAAUGCAAAUCAAAAAAGACCACACAAAGGAUAACACCAACAAAGAAACAACACAACAAACGGCAAGGGAACAGCGUGGCCUGGAGUUUGCUUGCUUUUUAUAAAUGAAUUAGUUAAUUUUAUAUAUAAAACAUAUACUAUACUGUACGGAUAGAUAAAGCUGGACGGCCAACGGCCAUUUAGCUAGAUGUUUGUAAGCCCCUCCUGCCCGCUAACCCCCCCGAUGUUUAAUCGUCUGUGUCUGUCGCGGGUCCUGUCUGUAUGUCUACGCUUUGGAUAUUUGGAUGUUAAUUAUACCAAUACAAAUAAUGAUCUAAAACAUUUAUACACCUCAA